AUGGCAACCGGUGAAAAUUGGUUCUGGAUUCUCUCUUCCGCGUUUUCCUCUCUCCGGUAUGUUUCCGGUGGAAUACCGAUUAGACCGUCUGGCGACUGGUUAUCAUUGGGGAUAGCGUCAACUGCUAACGGUCCGACUAGGCACAUUACACAAGAGGAAGCGCCCCAAAUUGUUUGGGAUGUUGGGAUGAAGGGAGUGGUUCCCUCAGACAUGAGUGAGGGGUAG